UGAGACAAUAAAAAUCAACCCAGAGAGAGCAGGGAACUCAAACAGAUGUCCUUAAAAGGGAAAGAGAAAGCAGAAAGGAAAGGUUGUCCCAGAUUGGAAAAAAUAUGAAACGUGUCUUCUUAGGAAAUGCCCUGCAGCAUAAAGAGAAAGAGUAUAUAGGGAACAGUUUCACACUCAGUCACACUGAGCUGCAGAAUUCACACCUGAAAGGAAGAACUGACUCAAGAUUUUUCCAGAAAUCUCUUCUUCCUCAUCAUCAGCCACGAGGAUGAAUCCUGCAAUCCAGAGCAUCGUUCUGCUGGUCUGUGUGGCCGUUUGUACAGGAGCCACUAUGAAGCAAUGCCAGUGUUUAAACCCAGCCAGGGGAGUAAAGCCGUCACUCAUCGCCCAAGUUAAGAUAUUACCACCUCUUCCUUACUGCAGAAAGGCACAAGUCAUUGUCACACUGAAGGACGAUAGACGACUGUGCCUUGACCCUGCUUUUGAGUUCACCCAGGCAGUCCUGAGGGUAAUGAAAUUACAGAAUGAAAGAAAAUCUGCAGCCAACCUAAGACUAUCAACAACGACAGCAGCCACUGCAUCAGUAAAGCCAACAUGGUAGAAUUUUGGGCAUUUAUAAAGCUGCAGUGCAAUGAGGUUAGAGCAACAAAAAACUGAAACA